AUGGAUACCAAUAAUACUUUAAUACUUAAGAAAGGGGAUGUUUUUUCUACUUUCGCUGAAGUGCAGUCAGUUGUUGAAAAUUAUGCGAUACAAAAUAAUACAGUCAUAAUACUAGGAAAAACAACCAGAAAUACUGACGGUAGUGGUUACAGACAAGUGUCUUUUGUUUGUAAGAAACAAGGGCAAUAUAAUAAAAAAAAAGAUGAAACAAAAGAUAUUUUUUCAAUAUUAAGUUCUAUCAGUUCCAAGUAUAUACAUAAGCAUGAUAUUUAUAAUGCUGUAAGCCGUCAACGACUACAAAAAUUGCAAGGCUUAAAUGAAAUUGAGAUGCUUCUCAAAACAUUACAUAAUGACGAAAAUAUUAUGGCAAAUAUCGCAAUCAAACCUUUGUACAAUGACGAGCGUGAUCAAGACGGUGCUUUUAUCCAAGCUAUUUUCUGGAUUUAUUGCAGUACAGCUGCUAAAUUUGCAUUAUCAAAGGAUGUCUUGAUUAUUGAUGCUACAUAUAAGACAAAUCGGUUCUCCAUGCCAUUAAUCGUAAUUUGUAGCAUUGAUCGAUUUGGAACAACUUAUCUAUUGGCUUUUAUAUUAGUGCAUUCAGAAACUCAAAAUUAUUAUCAUUGGACAAUAGAGCAAUUAAGUAAAGCACUAAUUAUUUUAACUGGCAAUUCAUACGUGGCGACAAUUAUUACCAAUAGGGAGUUUGCCCUUAUGGUGGCAAUUUCAACUGUAUUUCCUAGUACAAAGCAUCAAUUGUGCACUUGGCAUAUUCUUAAAAAUAUUAAAAAUAAACUUAAAAAGGAUGUUGACACUGAGGAAUUUAAUCGAUUCUUGGCCAAAGUCAAAUUCAAGCUGAUAAACGAUUCUGGAAUUGAAAAUCAACUAGCCAAAAGGCACAAAAAUGAGUUAAUUGUAGA